AUGUCUUACAGAGGACCUACUGGAAAUUUUGGCGGUAUGCCAAUGUCAUCAUCGCAAGGACCAUACUCUGGUGGUGCGCAAUUUAGAUCAAAUCAGAACCAAUCCUCUUCCGGCAUCUUAAAACAAUGGAAGCACUCUUUUGAAAAGUUUGCCUCCAGGAUUGAGGGACUUACUGACAACGCAAUUGUUUAUAAAUUGAAGCCUUACAUUCCAAGCUUGUCAAGAUUUUUCAUUGUGGCCACCUUUUAUGAGGAUUCGUUUAGGAUCCUAUCACAGUGGUCGGAUCAAAUUUUUUAUCUGAAUAAGUGGAAACACUAUCCAUACUUCUUUGUCGUUGUGUUCCUUGUGAUUGUUACAAUUUCCAUGUUGAUUGGUGCCAGUUUGUUGGUUUUGAGAAAGCAAACCAAUUAUGCCACCGGUGUGUUGUGUGCUUGCGUUAUUUCUCAAGCCUUAGUCUAUGGGUUGUUUACGGGUUCAUCAUUUGUGUUAAGAAACUUCAGUGUUAUUGGUGGGUUAUUGAUUGCAUUCAGCGAUUCCAUUGUUCAAAACAAGACAACGUUCGGUAUGCUUCCUGAAUUAAACAGCAAAAACGACAAAGCAAAGGGUUACCUAUUGUUUGCCGGUAGAAUUUUAAUUGUUUUAAUGUUUAUCGCCUUCACAUUCAGUAAAUCAUGGUUUACUGUUGUUUUGACCAUUAUCGGCACAAUAUGUUUUGCCAUUGGUUACAAGACAAAAUUUGCAUCCAUUAUGUUAGGUUUGAUCUUGACUUUUUACAAUAUCACUCUAAACAAUUACUGGUUUUAUAACAAUACUAAGAGAGAUUUCUUGAAGUAUGAGUUUUACCAGAACUUAAGCAUCAUUGGUGGCCUAUUAUUAGUUACUAAUACUGGCGCUGGUGAAUUAUCUGUUGAUGAAAAGAAGAAGAUUUACUAG